AUGGCUCAGAAGUGUGUCCACAAAGGCUGUGGCAAAAGCUUCUCCGAUUCAGACGAGCCAUGCAUCUAUCAUCCUGGCCCACCUGUAUUUCAUGAAGGCCAGAAAGGAUGGAAAUGCUGCAAACCUCGUGUGCUCACCUUUGACGAAUUCAUGACCAUCCCACCUUGCACGACGGGCAAACACAGCACAGUAGACGACACACCCGCACCCGAACCACAGCCCUCGAAUGAAGACGUAGAAGCGAAGAUAAAGGAACAAAAGGAGAAGCAGGAGAACCUGGGACCAGCGGUAUCGAGAGCACCAGUGGCAGCACAAACAGCUCGACCAACACCCUCACCUGUACCUCCCGAACCCGUCGACGAAGACGAUGACCCAGACGCAUCAGUAACAGCUGGAGCGAGCUGUAAGCGAAAGGGAUGUGGGGCAAGCUAUAAGAGUGACAGCAGUAGAGAAGGCGAAGAAUGCAUACACCACCCUGGCCAACCCCUCUUUCACGAAGGCAGUAAAGGCUGGACGUGCUGCAAGAAGCGGGUACUGGAGUUCGACGAAUUCAUGAAGUUACCGGGCUGCACAACAAAAUCACGACACCUGUUCAUCGGUGCGAAGAAGGACCUAUCAUCCGAAGAAGAAGUGAAAGACGUCCGGAACGACUUCUACCAGACCGCUACCACCGUGAUCGCGAGUCUGUAUCUGAAGAAGAUUGAUAAGGAGAGAUCCAAGGUGGUAUUCAAGAACAAGAAUACGGUGGACUUGGAUCUGCAUACGAGUGAUUCGAAGAGGUACAGGACGAGUAUGACUACUUUUGCGCCCAUUGAUGAGGAGAAGAGCAGUUUCAAGAUUAUGGGUACGAAGUUAGAGUUGACGUUGGUCAAGGGGAGCGGAGUGGGUUGGCCAGUGUUGAGAGCUGAUGAUCCGCAUUCUGGAGAGAUUAUACAGGCUGGGAGGGCUGGGAGAGUGUAG